AUGCUAUCAACCAAAGUUCAGACCAACCUUUGCACGCCGAAACAGGCUGCUCGGCUGUCCAAAGCUGCCACAACCCUUCUUCGUACCUCGACUGUUGGUUAUCCUGCAGGAAUUCGCAUCGGUUUUGUUGCGUCUAUCCAGCACAAUGGAGGCUCACGAGCAUUUUCCACAACACAUAUAGCCAGCUUUAAGGAUUUUUUCCCAGUUAAGGAAACUGAGAACAUCCGCCAAACACCGCCCGCAUGGCCUCACCAUGGCUAUACUGAAGAGGAGAUGCUCGCUGUUGUCCCGUCCCACCGUCCCCCUCAGACGUGGGGAGAUUGGUCCGCCUGGAAGUUUAUGCGUAUGUGCAGAUGGGGAAUGGAUUUCUUCACCGGUAUGAAGAAGGAACAAAAAGUGGAUAAAGCGAACCCGACUACCGCUGUCAAUACCAUCAAGCCCUUAACCGAAGGCCAAUGGCUGCUGAGAUUCUUAUUCCUCGAGUCCAUCGCCGGUGUCCCGGGAAUGGUUGCUGGAAUGUUGAGGCAUCUGCACAGCAUUCGGAAACUGAAGCGGGAUAAUGGCUACAUCGAGACCCUCUUGGAGGAGUCGUACAAUGAGCGAAUGCAUCUCUUGACAUUCAUGAAGAUGUGUGAACCCGGCUGGUUCAUGAAGCUACUGCUUAUUGGAGCCCAAGGCGUCUACUUCAACGGCCUAUUCAUUACUUAUUUGAUAUCACCUAAGCUCACGCAUCGAUUCGUGGGUUACUUGGAGGAAGAAGCUGUGCACACGUACACGCUUGCCAUCAAACAAAUCGAAGACGGUCACUUGCCGAAGUGGUCGGAUCCGAACUUCGUCGUCCCCGACAUUGCCGUUCAGUAUUGGCAUAUGCCUGAAGGAAAACGGACAAUGAAAGACCUUAUCCUAUACAUCCGAGCCGAUGAAGCCUGCCACAGAGGUGUCAAUCACACUUUGAGUAACCUGAACCUAAACGAAGACCCGAAUCCCUUCGUCAGCGUGUACAAGGACGGCCGAGCCCCUCCUAGACCCGCCUUAAAAGCACAGGGUUACGAGCGCAAUGAAGUCCUCUAA